CCAAAAGCUUGAUAAAAUAGACAUGACGCAGCGUAUGUGGGGCUGCCUACCUGCCACGCAGUGUGCGUGCUCGUGUGGGCCAAGCAGCUCAAGCAGACCCGUGGUUUGCGCUUCCAAUGCAACAAUUCGUUUGAAAGUUGCGAUGCGGACUGUUCGAGAUAGGCACAGCUCCAGGUCGCGAAGAGAUGCUUUCUUGCCACACAAUUGUUGCCGACCACGACCGAUUAGGACGACCCGGUGUGCAGCGACAUCGUCACCUGAUACUGCAGUUAGCAGCCGAGCCAAUGGAGCAGACUGGGCCGACGCGCUGGAGGACGAUGCCACCGUGGAGGUCGACGAGCAUUGGGCAGCGGCUGAGCACGAGUCGCUUGCCAUCCUGGAGUGGCCAGCAGUGUGCAAGCAGGUGGCCUGCUUUUGCGGCACCAGCGUGGCCGCGGACCUGGUGGCUGGGGGCGGCCUGCCGCGGGGCCGCAGCCGCGAGGACAGCGAGCUUCUGCUGCAGCAGACACAGGAGGCGCUGGAGGCCGGCCUGGAGGUGGGCGGCUUGUUUGACAUCCGCCCGGCAGCGGAGGCGGCGGCGGGGGGCGUGUGCCUGACUGGCAAGCAGCUGGAGGGCGUGGCGUCAACCCUUGAGGCGGCGUUUGAGCUCAAGGAGCGGGUGACGGUCCCCGCCCAGGGGCCGCAGCAGCAGCAGCAGCAAGGUGGGCUGCGAUACCCCUCGCUUGCGGCCCUGGCGGCGUCCAUUACGGAUGAGGAGCGCACCCUGCUCCGCGCCAUCCGCGGCUGCAUCCAGUACGGCGGCGUGUCGGACGCGGCCAGUGAGGCGCUGGCGGCGGUGCGGGCGGAGCGCCAGGCCAACAAGGAGCGCCUGCGGGCCGAGGUGGAGGGCUGGGCGCGGCAGCUGCAGCAGAAGGGCGCGGCAGAGGCGGGCGCCGUGUCGCUCAUCCGCGGGCGCUUCUGCAUAGGCGUGCGGGCAGGCCGGCAGGGCGAGCUGCCCAAGGGCAGUGUGCGGCUGGGCCAGAGCAGCACCGGCGCCACGCUGUACCUGGAGCCCAAGCCGGCCGUGGAGCUGAACAAUGCGGAGGCGCUGCUGGCGGAGCGCGAGGAGGGCGAGGUGGUGCGCGUGCUUAGCAUGCUGUCCACGCUGCUCGCCAAGCGCGCGCCACAGCUGAUGCGCCUGGUGGACUGCGUCACGGCACUGGAUGUGGUGGCGGCACGGGCCAAGCACGCGCGGUGGCUUUCGGGCGUGCGGCCCGCCUUCACAGCUGACCCCAGCGAGUCGCCCUUUUGGGUGCCGGGUGCGCUGCACCCGGUGCUGAUGCAGCGUGGACUGCCGCCGCUGCCGCAGCCCCCCUCGGUGGACGACAACCGUUUUGACCGGGACUUCCAAGCCGCACCCGCAUGGGAGCUGCGCCGCGUGCUCACGCCUGAUGGCCCUCGCCCUGGCGAGCUGGCAGACGGCUCCGCGGCGGGCAGGGGCAGCGGCGGUGGUGCCGUGGACGACCGGGCGGCGUUGCUGCCUCGGCCACUGGACCUGCGGGUGCCGUCCAGCCGUGCCGUGGUGGCCAUUACUGGCCCCAACACCGGCGGCAAGACCGUGACGCUCAAGACGGCAGGGCUCAUGACGCUCAUGGCGCAGGCGGGUCUAUUCUUGCCCUGCGACCCCACAGCGCGGGCCGAGGCUGCGGCGGCGGCGGCGGGCACACCUCGGCUGGCCUGGUUUGACCGGGUGCUGGCGGAUAUUGGUGACGCCCAGAGCCUGCAGCAGAACCUGUCCACCUUUAGUGGCCACAUCCGCCGUAUCAAGCAGAUCCUGGCAGUGGCGGGCCCGCGCUCGCUGGUGCUGCUGGACGAGGUGGGCAGCGGCACGGACCCGCUGGAGGGCGCGGCGUUGGCCCGCGCCGUGCUGGACCGACUGGCGGAGCAGGCGCAUCUGACGCUGGCCACCACGCACCACGCCGAGCUGAAGCGCGCCUCAGAGGAGGACGGCCGCUACGUCAACGUGAGCAUGGCCUUCGACACCGCCACGCUGCGGCCCACCUACCGCUUGUGCUGGGGCGCGGCGGGCGCCAGCAACGCCUUGGAUAUCGCCGAGACGCUUGGCUUUGAUCGGGCGGUGGUGCUGGAGGCGCGCAAGAUGGCGGCCAUGAUGGCGGCGUCGGCAUCGGCAGCCGCCGCAACAGCGGAAGGAGGCAGCAGCGGCGAGGGCCGUGAGAGCCACAUUGCGGGCGUGGCGCGAAGCCUGGUGCAGCAGAUUGAGGACACGCGACAGGAGCUUGAGGGGCAGCGCGCACUUAGGGAGCGCCACAGCCGCAACCAAGCCACGCUGUCGGAGGCGCUGGUGCAGGUGCGGGAGCUGGAGGCAGCGCUGCUCGAGGCGCCGCCGGAGAUCGUGCGCGAGCGCGACGGCCAUGCGGUGCGGGUUCAGGCGGCGCUGGAGGCGUUUGCGGCGGGGUCGCAGCCGCAGGACGCAGUGGAGGAGCAGCUGCGGGAAAUUGAGUCGCUCAUCCCGGCUGAGGUGGCAGCGCUGCGCGGGCGCGGCUACGUGGGCGAUGAUGACGACGAGGAGUUGCUGCGGCCGGGUGAUUCGGUGUACGUGCGGUCCAGAGGUGACAUGGGCGACGCGCGCGUGGUGUCCGUCAAAGGUGACAUGGUGACGGUGAAGUUUGAGACAAGCGUGCUGUUUGGCGGCGGCCGGGACGGCGGUCGCGGCGUUAAGCUCAAUAAACGCGAGGUAAAGAAGGUGACCAAGGGCCGGUCCAUGCCGACCCUGGGCGAGCGGUGGGAGGUGGAGGGCUUCCAGUCAGUCAUGGACGACAUGGCGCGGGUGCUAGGCGAGACGGCAGAGCAGGAGCGCCGCGCGGCAGAAGCUGCGGCAAGGCGGCGCGAGCAGCGCGCGCGCGCCGAGUUGGAGCAGCUUGCGGCGGAGGCGGGCCAGGCCUCGUGGGCGGACCUGUAUGAGCAGCUGGAGGUGCAGGAGCUGGAGGAGGACCUGGAGCUGGCGGAAGGUGCCGACUUCGGCAACGAGGAGCUCAGUGCGUUAGCGGCAGUGCUGCAGGAAGCUGAAGAGGAGGAUAGUGAUAAUGCGGUGGCUGAGCAAGGGCGCGGGCCAUUUGCGCCGGCGCGGGCGCGCCUGAGGCGGGGCAAUGGGGUGGGGAUGGGACGAGGACGGGGCGAGUAGAGAACUGUAGGCGGCGGCCACAGUUGGCGCAUGUGAUUUCAUUAUGUGCCCGCCAUCGUUACAUUCAUAAUAUCAUGCGCGUGGGUUUACAUGAAGGGGUUGGGUGGCCCCUGGGUGGCCCGUCCUUGUCUACCGCAGCCGACGAGUGUGGAGGCGCCGAGAAGGGGAGGCGGGCUACAUGUCGUCCCACAUGUAACCUCUAUCAGAUAGAGAGAAGACGCGGCGGGCCGCGGAGCAGGAGCAGCAGGCGCCAGCUGCCAAGUGGCGGGAGCUGAAGGGGUAGCGGGGUGGACGAGUGGCGGAGUGGUGCACGUGGCGUGGGGCAGGUGGAGUGGGGGAGGUGGACGAGUCAGAGUCAGGAUCAGGGUCAGAGUGCAGGGUCAGGGUUUAGGUUUGAGGUUUAGCAGGGUAAGUGUAAGGCACCAGUCAG